CGGUCCCCCAUACUUGUCCGGGCUACCUUUGCUCUCCUUUCUUAGGACGGAGCCCCAGACUCACCCAGGCCGGUCUGUCGCUGCACCGACUUGCUCCUGACUCCCUAUUUAUUAACCGCAGUCGUACUGAUCUUUCUUUCCGAUCUGCAUAGCCUAAGCCCGGUGUCUCCUCUUCCUUUUGCUGUUGCCGGUUACCGGAGUUCUUCCCCCUACCCGCGCUUGGCCCGGCUGGGAAUCCACUUUUCCUGACCCCCUGCAAACAGAAAGAACAAUACACACACCAGAUCAGAGUUACAAAGUGUCUUACCCGCUCUAUUGGAAACCAGAGGCUUCUAAUGGAGAAGGAAGAGCGGAGUCUGUUCAAACAGAAGAUGGGUGUAGGGCAGUGAUGACCGCUGGCAGGUUGACCUGGCACAUUGAUGCUACCAAAUGCUGGAUGGAGCGUGAUGGGCUAGAAAGAGGCAUGAAAAAGACCGAAGAGGUUUGCAGAGACAGGUGUGGUCGGUCAGUAAGGAGUUUGGGUUUCAUUAAAACAACAAUGCGAAUCUUGUCUUUUUUUUUUCUUUAAGAGAAUGACAAGAUCUGAUAUCCAUUUACUAAUAAAAGAAUUUUGCUGAUGUGUGGCAAACAGGAAAGCGAGGGUGGAAGCUAGAAAACCAAUUUGGAAGCUUCUGCAGUAUAUAGACAAGAGGUGAUGGUGGGUGCAGGGGAGUUUGAGAGAAGCAGAUGGAUUGAAGGUAUAUUUUAGAAGUAGGAUCUAUGUGCUGGGAAUUGGAUGUGGAGAAGGAGGGGAAGCGAGGACUUGAUGCUGUAGGGAGGACCGUGGUGCUGUUUCCUGAGCUGAGGGAAGGCCGAAGGAAGAGGUUUGUUGGGGAGAACACAGAGUUGGCAUUUGUUGGAGCCUAAGAUCCAUCCAAGUGGAGAUGUCAUAUUGUCAUCCUUUUUUUUUUCAAAAAAAGGAUCUGGAUGAUGUGUUGGAGAAAGCCAAGAAAGCCAAUGUUACGGCUCUUGUGGUGGUCGCUGAACAUUCAGGAGAAUUUGAAAAGAUUAUGCAGCUUUCAGAAAGGUAUAACAGGUUUGUCCUGCCAUGCUUGGGUGUUCAUCCAGUUCAAGGACUUUCACCAGAAGGACAAAGAAGUGUCACAUUAAAGGAUUUGGAUGUAGCUUUGCCCAUUAUCGAGAAUUAUAAGGAUCGAUUAUUGGCAAUUGGAGAGGUGGGACUGGAUUUCUCCCCCAGAUUUGCUGGCACUGAUGCACAAAAGGAAGCGCAAAGACAAGUCCUAAUCAGACAGGUCCAGUUAGCCAAAAGACUAAAUUUGCCUUUAAAUGUUCACUCACGUUCAGCUGGAAGACCCACCAUCAGCCUCUUAAAUGAGCAAGGUGCUGACAAAGUGCUGCUCCAUGCAUUUGACGGUCGGCCAUCCGUAGCCAUGGAAGGAGUAAAAGCUGGGUACUUCUUCUCGAUCCCUCCUUCUAUCAUAAGGAGUGGACAGCUUUUUCUUUUCUCUAAGAAGCAGAAACUUGUGAAACAGUUGCCUUUAACCUCCAUUUGCUUGGAAACAGAUUCACCUGCACUAGGACCAGAAAAACAGGUACGGAAUGAACCCCAAAACAUUACCAUCUCAGCAGAAUAUAUUGCCCAGGUGAAAGGAAUCUCAGUGGAAGAAGUGAUGGAAGUGACAACACAGAAUGCAUUGAAAUUGUUCCCCAAGCUCCAGCACCUGCUCCAGAAAUAACUUCAAAGCCAAAUGAACUGA